CGAAAAUAAACCGGUUACCCCUUCAUUCCGGUCUGGCCGAUAAUGAGAUAUUUACGACCUUGCCAUCGACAUUUGGCGGGAAAAUCCCAGCACUCAAAAGAAAGAAAGAAAAUCUCCUCUCCUCUCCUCAGUUUCCCUCGUUUUUUCCCCUUCUCUUCCAUGGAAUCCGAUACCGACUCCGGUUCUUCUCACAUCUCCGCAACUCCUCCAAGAAAAUCUACGCCUCCUCAGACGAUUCUCCUCUCUUCUUCUCAUAAGAAAUCUAAGGUCAGGGUUUCCUCCCUCUCUUCAAAUCCCAAAUCCCUUCCCUCGAAGAGGAAAAAACCCCACCUCAAAACCCAAUCCCAAUCCCAAUCCUCCGUAGGACCCGAAUCCUCCGAUCCUUCUCCUGCCUUUACCGCUGAUCUCUCUGAUAUCUCCGGCUUUUCCCUCAGGAUUCACCGCCCCUCUGAUCGGAACUCUGCUGUUUCCGCCCUCAAUUCGGUCGAUCAGCUCCCUGCCGGCUAUUUCUCUAAAUCUGCAUCCUUCUCAUCCCGCUUUAAGACCCGAUGUCCGUCUUUUGAGCCAAUUGAGAUCGAAAAGGAUGCGGAUUGCGAUCACCCCACUGCAUCUCCUUCCCUACCUGAUGCAGUCCCUCCUGCAACCGGUACUCAAUCCUCUCGCCCGGGCCAUGUUUCCAAAUCCACAUCCUUCUCAUCCUGCCUUAAGACCCCGCAUCUGCCUUUAGAUCCAAUCGAGAUUGAAAAGGAUGUGAAUUGCAAUCACCCUGUUGCAUCUCUAUCCCAACCCGAUGCAGAACCUCCUGUGACCGGUGCUCAACCCAAUCGUGCUGUUGACCGUGUCAGACUUGUAAAAAACCACCCUAAUUCGAUCUGUGCUACUAUAUGCCCACUGCCAGUGAAACGGCCGAAAUGUGUCAGCGAAGGGAACUUUGUCAGGCUGAACAUCAACGGCUAUGGGCACAAGUUUCGAAAAAAGGGUGGUAGAAGAAAAUAUCCAUUGCCGUCAUUGUCACGUGGUAGGAAAUCUCAGUGGAGAAGCAAAGAGAAAUCCAAAUCAGGAAGUGAGACUGAAGCGGUUCUUUUUGACGAGGAUGGUUUGGUUUCCAAGCCUUUGCAGCAGAAUGGAAGCUCGGAGUUCAAUUUUGAGUUGAUUGAAAAGGCUGUGAUUGCUGCUCGGGAGGAGCCUUCAGAUCACAAUUUGAAGAAUCUGCUGAAGUUGACUCAUGGGUAUGAUUCUUUCCGGGAGGGGCAGCUGGAGGCAAUUAAGCAGGUGGUUGCAGGGCAAUCGACGAUGCUGGUGCUGCCGACAGGCGCUGGGAAAUCUCUUUGUUACCAGUUGCCAGCACUGAUUUUACAUGGGGUAACUUUGGUAGUAAGUCCUCUAGUUGCUUUGAUGGUUGACCAGCUAAGGAAACUACCUCCUAUGCUUCAUGGCGGUCUUCUUUGUAGCAGUCAGACAAGUGAAGAAGCUUCAGAGACACUAGAACACGUUCGAGAUAGAAAAAUAAAGGUGCUUUUUGUUUCACCAGAGAGGUUUUUGAAUUCAGAAUUCUUAUCAAAAUUAGGAGCCAUUCCACUAUCACUUGUAGUUGUUGAUGAAGCCCAUUGCCUUUCUGAAUGGUCCCAUAACUUUCGGCCUUCGUAUUUGAGGCUUAGGGCAUCACUACUUAGAACCAAGCUCAAUGUUGAAUGUUUUCUUGCAAUGACUGCUACAGCAACAACCAAAACCAUGCAUGCCAUUGUGUGCGCUUUAGAGAUUCCCUCUACCAAUAUUAUUCAAACUUCUCAAAUAAGGGAGAAUUUACAGCUGAAUGUCACAUUAAGUGGAAAUAGAAUGAAGGAUUUAAUAGUGCUGAUGCAGUCAUCUCCCUUAGUUGAAGCUAAAAGCAUCAUUGUUUACUGUAAAUUUCAGUCUGAAACAGAUUUAGUUAGCAAGUAUCUUCGUGACAAAAAUAUCUCUGCAAAGAGUUACCACAGUGGUAUUCCAGCAAAGGAACGGAGUCGCAUACAGGAACUAUUUUGUUCCAACAAGAUAAGAGUGGUAGUGGCAACUGUGGCAUUUGGCAUGGGUCUCGAUAAGAGCGAUAUUGGAGCUGUGAUUCAUUAUAGCUUGCCUGAAAGCUUAGAAGAAUAUGUUCAGGAGACUGGGCGUGCUGGAAGGGAUGGCAGGUUGUCUUAUUGUCAUCUCCUUCUUGAUGAUAUCACUUAUUUCAAGCUUCGCAGCCUUUUGCACAGUGAUGGUGUGGAUGAAUAUGCAGUAAAUAAAUUCCUUUUUCAAGUUUUCAAGAAUGACAUGGUGUUAUCUGGGAAUGUUUGCUCCUUAGUUAAAGAAUCUGCAUCUCAAAAAUUUGAUAUGAAAGAAGAGGUCAUGCUCACAAUUCUAACAUACAUGGAAUUGGGUGAAGUGCAAUACCUACGGCUACUUCCACAACUAAAUGUGACUUGCUCUUUGAAUUUUCACAAGACGUCUCCGGAAUUGCUAUCUAGCAAGGAUAUUGUGGUGGCAACCAUUUUGAAAAAGUCCGAAACUAAGCAAGGUCAUUGUGUUUUUGACAUUCCCACUAUAGCAAAUGGUGUUGGGAUCACAACAACAGAAUUAUUAAAUCAGUUGCACAAACUGAAGUCCAUGGGAGAAAUAACUUAUGAUAUGAAGGACCCAGCCUUUUGUUAUAUGAUCAUGAAGAAUCCAGAAGAUCUAUGUUCUCUUGCAACACAACUCACGAGAUGGUUAUCUGAGGUUGAAAGUUGUAAGGUAUGGAAAUUGGAUGCAAUGUUUAAAGCUGCAAUGUUUGCUGCAAAAGUCUGCAGUAAAGUUGAUGGAUGUUCAGAUACUAUGCAUACAUCGUGUUUGCAUAGAAAGAUUUUUGAUUAUUUUAGUAGAGAUCAUGAUGUCGGCCACAAUGACUUAUCAAAUAAGAUGGGAGUAAGCAGCCUGUUUCUUCGGGCAGAUAUAAAGGUGUUUCUACAGAGUAAUGCACACGCCAAGUUCACCCCCAGAGCAGUUGCUAGGAUAAUGCAUGGCGUUUCCAGCCCAGCUUUUCCUUCGGCAACUUGGUCCAAAAGCCAUUUCUGGGGACGGUAUUCACAGACGGACUUUGCAGUGGUUAUGGAAGCUGCUACCUCGGAGCUGAUGAAUUUUGUGGGCAAGGGUACUGCUUGAUCUUUAUUGCCUAUCCCUUGUAUUAAUAGCGAAUAAAAGGCAUCUCGAAGGGAAAUAAAAUGAUUGGUGUUAAAUUAUGAAGAGGCCAAUCGAUUGUGUAAAAUGUUGUUGUGUAUCUAUAGCCAAAAGCCUACCUAGUUGCUUCUUUGACAAGAAAAUGAUUUUCUUCACAUCACUAAUACACGUGGCAUGUGGAUGAUCCUUGAUAAUGUUCGGAAUCGGAGAAAUUCCAAUUGCUUUUUC